CAUCACCACCAGAGGUUGAAGAACUCUACAUCAAGUUCCUUGAGAGUCUUAGAGGUUCCAGGUCGACCAAAGAACUAGCAAAGACCAAGAGAAUUUUGGAAUGGAUCGUCGGGUCUCAGAGGAGGUCAUCCCUGCGAUUAAUAGAGUUACGGGAGAUAAUUGCGAUAUCCGACCAGCUGGAGAUGGGAAAACAUGGAGAAUUCAGCCAUGAUUCCUUGGAACCGCACAGGAUGGUAGUUCUAGAGAACUGUUGGCCCAAGUUCUUUCGCAGCAUAGAGCUGUACUGUGGUCCGUUCAUUGAGAUCUUGGAUGAUCAGCAAAGGUUCAGACUGGACUCACGGCAUGAGAUCGGCUACGCGAAACAAGAUUGGACGAUUCAGCUGUCUCAUCAAACAGCCAAUUCAUUCUUACAGACUCCAGGCCGCAGUGGAGAAUUUUACAUUGACCCAGCAAGCGCCGAAAGAAUGGUCACAACCCAAAGCUGCCGUUACCUUGGCAUCCGAGCCUCAUCACCUGGGCAAAUAUGCUACCGAAGCACUGCAGAAGGUAAGGGGGACCCAAUUCUAGCACUGAAAGUGGCUUUGACACCUUUGCUUCGAGAUUCGAGCUUGCUGGCCACUAAGCAAUACGUAGAGUCAACGAAGCGGCCGCUUGCGAAGUUUGCCCUAGAUGUCAUCCUGAAGUCUUGUCCAGAUAACGAGGCCAUCUUUGGAGCACUGAUGAUGGCCGACUUAGAGGGUUUGGCACCAAGAGACUGGGUAGCCGUUCAUUGGCUCGCAGACAUGUGUUUUACCCCGACCUUGGCGGGUACGAGCCUAGAACCGUUCAUCUUCUUCUGUUGCGUACACGGGCAAACGGAAGCUCUGAAGACUUUCUCAAGACUGAAGGAUGAAUACUCUGGAGAGUACAAAACAAGACUCAUGGCGGUUGGAAGAAACUAUCAAAUCAUCUGCGGCGCUGCCGAGGCUUUCAUCAAAAUUCGAGAAGAUAAUGACACUUGUCUCGCCGCCAGAACAUUGGAGGCACUGCAUACUCUCUGCAAGGAGAAACUCCGACAGAUGCUGCGGUACUGCAGUACUCGCGUCGCAUCAAACCUUUCGAGAGGUGAAACAGAUUAUCAGGGCGAGUCUGAGAGACUAGAGAACUUGGAGAGCCGUCUGUCGGAACAAAGACAUCAACCACGGAAGUUUACCCAGAAUCUUUGUAGUUCCAAAAGGAAGCUGUCCUCUUCUGAUAGGAUCGUUGGCUGCAGAGAUGUCAACGAGGUGUUUCAGGAAGUUGACAGGUGGAUGAAGUCAGAUCUGACUCUUGAAAUGGAGAGUGACGCGAAUAAACCAAGGCAUAACUAUGAGCCAGUGUCGGAAAAGGAUAGACAUAGUGUACUGGCUGAUAUCGAGCGAUUCUUUCCGCUGAACACAGAAAGUCAAUCAAAUAUACAGACACCUCCUAGACGGGAAUAAAAACAUGUUCUUGAC